AUGUAUCUGAUAUAUGAACAGAGAGCGGUACAAAGUCACUUUGAAGGCGGAAGUGCCACUGCGCGACCAACAACAACCACGCCGCAAGACGCUGCCGCCGUUCCUUCUCGGCCGAGACCUCCUCAAAGUCGACUGCAAGCAUUGCUUUCUUGGCCAUUCAGUCUAGUGUGGGCCAUUUUGAGCUAUAUAUCACGUUUUGUUACGCGACCAGCCAUUGCCUCGACCGCUCAACGACAAGAUGCUCGGUCCGUAGCCGAUCGAUUCCUUCGCGAAUUCGAAGCCAAGUACGGAGAACAGCAUUUAGACUUUUUCCAGGGAGGUUAUUCCCAGUGCUUGGAAAUUGCACGCCGCGAACUGCGUCUUUUGCUUGUCAUUUUACAAAGUGACGAGCAUGACGAUACAGAUGAAUUCUGCAGAAAUACCGUAGCAUCGGAUGAAUUGAUCGAGUAUGUGAGACAGAACAAUGUGUUGGUCUGGGGUGGCAAUGUCCGAGAGGCGGAAGCUUUCCAAGCGCUGACCUUCACUUCCCCCCCAAAAAAAGUCGGUUCCACUUUGCAGGCCACGGCAUACCCAUUUAUGGCAAUUAUCGGCUUACAGGUGCCCAACCCUCCAUCGACUACGGCUCCAAAGAUGACCGUAAUGGAUCGACUCGAGGGCCUAUUGACGCCUGCAAGCGUGAUUCGACGAUUUGAUUCAGUGAUCGAACGAUACGGAGCUACACUGAACCGGUUACGAUUGGAACGAGACCAACGGGAUAAAGAAAGGCAAUUGAGAGAGGAACAGGACCGGGCUUAUCAGGAUAGUCUUAGGGCAGACCAAGAAAAGGAACGCCAAGCACGGGAAAAGCGGGAAGCGGCUGCGCGAGCGGAGGAAGAGGCACAACGCGCCGAGGAAGAGCGUCGUAUUCAAGCAAUGAAGCGGGAACAGUAUAUUCAAUGGGUAUGUCGCCAUUUACCAGAGGAGCCAUCUGCAGAUUAUGAAGGGGAGGUGACAAAAUUGAGUUUCCGAUUGGCCGACGGUGAACGUGUCAUUCGCAAAUUCCGCGGCGAUGAGUCGCUCGAUUCACUGUACAAGUUUGUCGAAGCAUACCCAGUGCUGAAAUCACACGCCGAUGUUAGCGGUGCUACUGAACCCGAAGAAUACCAUCACACCUACAGUUUUACCAUUCACUCCCCGUUCCCACGCACUGUCUACCAUGCCGAUCACGAACGCAAAUUAUCGGACGAGAAAAGCUUAUGGCCCACAGCCACUCUGAUUGUUGAUAACAAUGAUGAUGCUGAAGAAUAA